AUAUUUAAAUGGUAAUAAAAAUAUAGAUAACAAAAGAUGUGCAGCGGAUUGUUAAUCGAUUGUUUAAACAUCUGAAAUGUUAGCUAGACAUAAUAAAGGGUUGUUUUUAAGAGAGAAAUGAUUAUAUUAAAAUUAUUUAAUUUUGUUAAUAUUUAGAGACAAAAUAAGAAUCAAUUAUGGAUCCAGUUCUGAAACAUCUCAAACCUACGACUUGUAAAGAAGCGAUUCAAAAAUGGGAAGAAAAAACGGGAUUAAAUGCUAGCGAAGCAAAAGAAGUCAUCAUAUCAUUUCAAUGGCCUCCAAUAGAAAAAAUGGAUAACAGUUUAGCUGUUUUUGUCAAUGUAGAAAAAUUAUCUUUAUCUUCUAACAUGAUAGAAAGAAUAAGUGGAAUUAACUCUUUAAAAAAUUUACGAAUAUUAUCCGUUGCUCGUAAUUCUAUCAAAAGUUUUUCUGGAUUAGAGGGGGUAGGUGAUCAUUUAGAAGAAUUAUGGAUAUCGUACAAUAUGAUAGAAAAAACCAGAGGCGUAAACUUGCUUAAAGCGCUCAAAGUUCUAUAUAUUGGUAAUAAUUUAAUACGAGAUUGGGUAGAAUUUAAUCGUUUGCAAGAAAAUCCUAAUCUAGAAGAUCUAUUAUUUAUAAACAAUCCUUUAUGGGAAAGCAUGGAUACUGAAGCAUGGCGUACUCAGGCCAUAAAGAGACUUCCAAAUUUGAAGAAACUCGAUUCAAUACCAAUAGUCCGCGCUACUGAUGACGACGAUGAUUUAUAAGAUGCAUCACAUUGGAUGAAAUAAAAUCAAUCAAAGAACAAAAUAUAAUGCAUGUAUUUACAUGUGUAAUGCUGUCCCCCCAUGAUAAAAAUGUAUUACAAUAUUG